AUGGCUUACCAUGGCUUCGAGAACAUGCAGUCAGAUGUUGAAGGUCUAACUGUCUGCCUUUUGGAGUCGAUAAAAGAUGGGUCGGCUGAUGAGAGUGGAGCACAAUUGGAUGUGGAGUCGAUACUCAGAAGGAUGGAGAGGGUACAUAAGACGUUUGUCAAUACGCAGUUUUUCCAACCCAUCACCAUCCGCUUCACUCAAAACCAACCACUCAACGACAUUGCCCACCAAUACCAAUCCCAAUCCUCGGGUGCGUACACCCUCUACACCAACGGUUGGGGCUGGUCUUCAGGUACCGGAUCCCAAUGCUCGCAAAUCGAUAGCUUGAGCGGUAGCACUCUUGCUUGGUCCACAACAUGGUCGUGGUCUGGCACCGUGAAUCAGGUCAAGAGUUAUACGAAUGUCGAGACGGGUUUCACCAAGAAACAGAUCAGCACCUACACGAGUAUGCCAACAACGUGGAAGUGGAGUUACACUGGCACUGAUUUGAGGGUAAAUGUGGCGUACGACACUUUUCUCGGCUCGUCUGCCAACGGCGGCAACCUCUUUGAAGUCAUGGUCUGGCUCGGAGUGUUUGGCGGCGUUUCGCCCUUGUCUGCGAAUGGAUAUCCUUUCACGCCUGUUGCCACUGUGACCAUUGGCGGAACGAUUUUCGACCUCGCAUAUGGCCUCAAUGGCUCUGUCAAAGUUUACAGCUUUGUGGCGCGCGGAGGUGCUGCGACGAACUUCAGUGCGGACUUGAACUUGUUCUUUAAUAUUCGAUCGCGAGUCCUCCCUCUCACCAAUAUCGUCUGCGCCAAGGCAACUGAUCGCGAUGAAUUUACUCGAUCUUCUGGCGAAAUUCGCAACUUAAUCUACGAGUACGUCCUUACGGAAGACAAGGGCGUUAGCUACUACGCAGAUGAGAUGGACAUCGGCUGGCUGUGUUUACACGACAAGCCCACCGUAAAAACGUGCGAGGUGGAGAAAGAGCGGGAAAUGCCCCAUAAGGGCAACAAUACAAAACAGAUACAACAGCUGGAGUCGAAGCGCCCGUCACGCAUUGGAGUCACGCAGCGAGAAAUCCAGUGUGAAGGCAAGCACGUUAGCAUCUCGCGAGGACGACACAUAAUUGCCAACCAGCUCCAGUUCGCCUGCUGGCAGCUCUCAGACGAAACACGUGGGCUGGGUCUGCGAUGCAACACCAUCCGGUUUCGUGGACAUCAACUAGCAUCGCCCGGUGAGGAAUGUGCAAGUUUCAUCCGAAUGUUGCCCUCUACAGAGGUGCCACACAUUCGCGUACUAGUCUUGGAAAGUCUCGUGCCCAAAAAGAAACUACAGACCCUUCUCGACUUCUGCUUUGAUCAUCCGACCGUCAAAGUCCAUGUCAAAGUUCCGUCACUGCCCUUCAAAAACCUGCUCAGCUUUGUUCUCAUGUACGAAUACAUCAUGGGAAAGAGCUCGCCAUACCUCGAUUCAAUCAGUACAGAUAUUUCCAUACAAAGACAUCGCGAAGUACUUCAAGAAGUUUGUGCACUCAAAGGCUAUACGCGGUUCUCCAACUGUCCCAGCAACUUUAUGGUCUACCUGAGAGAAGAGAUUCUGGAUCCAGUGGGAACGCGACAUGCAGUCAAUAAUGAUGCCAAACUGUCCUCCCUACUUUCAGGUACGCCGGGAGGACUAGGUAAAGUUUGCGAAAGACAUAAUCGACAACGGAUUUUGAGCGUGGUGAGCAUGGACGGGUCAUGA